GGGUGACUUUGGCGCCCAACGUGUAUAUGAGAUAGACUUGUAGUGUGUGCGUGUGUGUGAAUAAUGUGGAAUAGAUGAUAAGUGGUGGGGACGAUGGCGAUGGUAAUAUCACAGACUACGAAGGCGGCGAUUGGCGGGUUCCUCGCGCUGAUGAUUCUGGGCGCAGUGCUGGUGGUUGGCGCGGCGUUUGGCUGGUUCGACCCGAAGAGAGAGGAUGAGGACACGCCCGCGAAGAUCAGCGCAAGACUGCAAGGGAGAACCUCGUUUGUUACGCAUAGAGCGGUGAAUCCAGAUGAAAACCGAUUACCCGUUAUAUCCCACUCUUCACCAUUUGUUCAUAAAGGAGAUAAAGGUGAUACUAGAUUAGCCGACGUGGACGGGGAUGUGGGUCCAUCCGGAGAUACGAAGGACCGUGCGAACAACGUUCAAAUAUCGCCACAAUGCAAAUGCAGUAUCAACGACUUAUCACAAAUGCUUGCUUCGAUUCCAAGUGUUAGAGGCCCACCAGGGCCUCAGGGCCCUACCGGUGCUGACGGGACUACAGGAGUUCCUGGAAAAACGGGUCAAAUGGGAGAACAAGGUCCCCCUGGCCCAGUUGGACUAAAAGGUGAUAGAGGAGAAACGGGUGAAGCUGGAGCACCUGGUAUUGAAGGACAACCAGGUCCUAAGGGUGAACCGGGGGCCGAUGGAACACCUGGUCUCCAAGGACCUGCGGGGCCCCCAGGCCCUCCAGGUGCCGUUCCUCCGCAAUUAUUGGAAUCAACGGGAUUAUACGCGGCCGGGGGCGUCCCUGGACCCCCAGGUGAUAGAGGUCCGAUGGGUCUCCCGGGACCCCAAGGCGAAAGGGGCUACCCGGGCAAUAAAGGAGAGAAGGGAUUACACGGAUCCAAAGGCGACAAAGGGGAACGGGGUUACACGGGGUCGCGAGGGCCGCACGGCGCGAAAGGCGAGCGCGGCCAGGCCGGCAAGGACGGGCUGCCGGGCCUCCCGGGCCCCCACGGCCGACCCGCUGAAAAAGGCGAGAAAGGUGCUCGUGGUCUGCCGGGUCCCCCCGGGCCUCCACUGCCAGCUGUGUCUGAGAACUCCGUUUUAGGAGACAUCGCUAGAUCAGGGCCGCGGGACGUCGCUAAGCUCAAGGGCGAUAAGGGAGACCGAGGCGAAAAGGGCGAAAAGGGGACGCGUGGCAUAGAAGGACCACAAGGAUUUCCAGGGACUGAUGGCAAAGCAGGGGAGCGGGGGGACAUUGGGCCAUCGGGUUUACCUGGAACUCAGGGGCCACCAGGGUUAUCGGGACCAAAGGGUGAUAAGGGAGAUUCAGGACCACCAGGUCCUGUAGCUAUUUCGCGUGAUGAAGCUGUUAUAAUGACGAAGGGUGACAAAGGAGAACCGGGCCCUCGAGGCAAGCGAGGGCAUCCAGGCGCACCCGGGCCCCGCGGCCCUCCAGGUUUACCAGGGCCACCGGGUGUUCCGGGAACAAACGGUUUAUCUGGUGAUAUUGGUCUUCCGGGAUGGACAGGUCCGCCCGGGAUCGCGGGGCCGCCGGGCGCGCAAGGCCUGAAAGGUGAAAAGGGGGAACCGGGCAUCGCUUUAGCGGACCUCGAAAAGAUCAAGGGUGAAAAAGGCGACCGAGGAAUAGACGGCACGCCCGGUGUCCCUGGUAAAGACGGACCUCGAGGGCCUCCCGGGCCCCUGGGCCCUGCGAGCCCCAACGUGCAGUACGUGCCGGUACCCGGGCCUCCGGGGCCCCCAGGGCCGCCGGGCAACGUUAACGAGCAUGUUGACACAUUGACGGAUAGCCCGGGAAUCAAUCGACUUGAAACCGCUUCCGGUAAACCAAGGGACCCACUGCAAAUACUGAGGAGUAUAAAUAAUUUUAUGCAAUUUCGACGGGGACAAUAUCGUCUUGCAGAGCCGCUAGAUGUAGUAAAUGAAAAUGAAGAUUACGAUGACGAAGAAGACGGGAAAACUAUUAUUGGCACUAUUUUAUUCAAAAACACCGAUUCUCUAUUACGUUUGGGAGCGAAGAAUCCCCGAGGGACGCUGGCGUAUGUUAUUCAAGAACAGGCAUUGUUGAUCCGCGUCAAUAAUGGAUGGCAGUAUGUUUCUAUGGGCUCCCUGUUGGCGGUACACAAUCUAUCCGGCACAGGGCCAACUCGAACACCUCUCCAGAACAUUCUGGGGACAUCUAGCUUGGUGCACCAGAAAAAUUCCUUGGGGGAAGGCCCCGUGCUCCGUCUAGCCGCUCUGAACGAGCCCCAUACUGGGGACAUGCACGGAGUCAGCAGUACCAAUUACGAGUGCCACAGACAAGCGCAGAGGGCCGGCCUCGAUGGCACUUUCCGCGCAUUCAUCUCGUCCAGGGUACAAACAGUGGACUCCAUAGUGAGUUGGGUAGACCGGGAGAUACCAAUAGUGAAUAUAAAAGGAGAUGUCCUCUUCAAUUCUUGGAGUGAAAUGUUCGACGGGUCUGGCGCGUUGUUCUCCCACGCGCCUAGGAUCUAUAGCUUUAGUGGGAAGAACGUGCUUACUGAUAAUAUAUGGGCGACUAAAGCAGUAUGGCACGGCGCUAGCCCCGGUGGCGAGCCAGCGAUGGAUGCGUUCUGUGACGCUUGGCACACCAGCAACCCAGAGAAGUUCGGCCUGGCAUCCUCGCUUAGAUCUAAUAAACUUUUAGACCAAGAGACGUAUCCUUGCAGUUCAAAACUAAUCGUGCUGUGUGUUGAAGCAGCACCAGUUGAUACAGUGAGAAGAAAAAAGCGAUCCAAGUACCGCGCAGACAAAUUACAUUUCCUGAAAGACAUCGAACAACGGAACGAAACUAGGGAUAUAUUAUAGAUGUUGAAUAUUUAUUUGUAAAGUAAUCAAUUGCCUUUGAUAUAAAAGAUUGUUAAACAAUGGCAUCCGAGUAGAUAUAUUUCUUGAUUAUUGAAGU